CGACAAGGCUGCAUGUGUUUGACUUUGAUUUGCACCGCUACGCUUCAGACCACGACGACAAUGCCACGUACCUUAACCGCCUCGUUCCCCAGUCGCAUAUAGUCAGUCGGAUUGUAUUCGGGAUCAAUCAGAGAUACCACGGCUGCUUGUGUUGAGUAACUAGAUAUUGCUUUGACUUCAGUACGCGAUGCCCAUCUGCAUCGAGUGCCGGCACCCGGUCAAGACGCUAUGGACCAAGUACUCAAAUGCCGAUGACAAGUCCAGCGGGCACAACAUCCGCUUGACCGUCUGCAGAAACUGCGGUCACUUUUGCGACAAGUAUGUCGAGCACGAUUUCGUCGUGCUCUUCAUUGACCUGGUUCUGAUCAAACCCCAGGUCUACCGCCACUUGCUUCAUAACACACUCAUGAAGGACGAUGACCAGUUUGAUUCAUCCAUUGUGCGGCUCGGCGUUCUGCUACUGUUGUUCGACGUGUACUUGACAUGGGCUCGCAUCGAGAAGCAGACGGUCCCCAAAUCCUCCCAAGACGAGGGCGCCAAUCUGGGCAGUUUAACUCAACAGUCCAUCGUGUCGCAAUACCUCUUCUUCUGUAUGUUGGAUGGCAAAAGCAACUUCUUUCCCCCAAAACAAAGGACCAUAACAGUUCCUGGGCCUCCUCAAGCGCGGGCUAACAUUGCGCUAGUGAUUCUCUGUGCUCUGUCGACCCUCGCCUUCCACAUGAGCAUCCGUUUCAUGACGUCGUCCUUUUUUUCCCCUCUGGGCAUGUUCAACGUCCUGCCUCGGUACUCGCGUCCCAACUCCGUCUCGACCGCACUACUCGUCUCGUCCUCGACCAAACUUUUCCCGAUUCUUAUGGUUAUAUGGCAAUAUGAUGUCCCGGCUGCGGCGCGCUCGCUAGGAUGGGCCGUGGUAGCAAACAACGUUGAGGCCCUCCGCAUUUUGCUGGACUGCGGCUACGGCGUCGCUACUCUGCUCGCCACGACGGGAGCCCUAGCGCGCUGGGCCGUGGGACGCGGUGUUCUGUGGGCUGCCGGGAUGGACGGUAUCGAUUCCAUCGGCGAGACCAGCAUUGCUGCGGAUGGUAAGGCCCUCUGGGCUUUAUUGAUGUACGUCAGGGAAUGGGCAAGCGACUUGGCCGCUGGGUAACGGGGGAUUUAGACCAUGGAGACCAUGCACAAUUUCGCAAAAGGACGGAGCUCGGCAU